AUGAAAUUCGCUAUAUUGGCCUUUCUCGCUUUUUGGUCUGCCAAACUCGCUGCAGCUGCAAAUGCAGCAGCCGCUGGUAAACUUGAUUUGAAACCAUUAGGUUUUGUUUCAUUAGAAGGACACACAGACAAAUCGAAAUGUCCUCUUGGUACCCUUCCUGAAGGAGUGUUUUUACACACGACAUUUGAUCAUGAUGGACACCACUUUACCUGGGUCAAACCAGUCCAUGGAUUGGUAAACGAGGUCGUUUGCGACUCUCGUGCCGUUUGGAAAGGAGCUGAAGGAGAAUUGCUUUUGGACUUCCACUUCUUCGGAAAGACCGAUGCUGUCAAGUAUGUUCACCUUGAACAUCUCACGGCACUAGGUGGUGUUGCACACGUUUUCCUUAAAUUUGCAGCUGACGCAGCAGCUAAGGCAGAGGUUAUGGGUCUUGCACCAUUUGUUGUAGCUGUUGCUGGGUUAUUUAAAAAAGAAUUUUUAGGUGUAAAGAGACUGGCAGCACACGCAUUGUUACACGAUCUAGCUUUCCAUUUGGGUCUCGGCUUAAAGGCAUUGCCAGCAUAA